CGAGAGUCCAAAUUCGAGUCUAUUCAAACUGGCAUUUAAAUCAACAGGAGUGAAGACCUCAGUAGACUAACUUACAAAAUCACUCCUGUUCGCGGUGUUACGAGAGUACUGUAGCGUUCACUUCGUUGGGAAACGGGUUUCCAGGGAAUAAUUCGGCCAUAUGCAGCGAUACCACGCCCGGAGUGGAGACUUUAACACGGGGGCAACACCAUUCAUGCAAAUAUUCCCAACCACUAGUUCACGGACAGGGGACUUUAGUACGGUCUAAAGAGGAACUACUGUGUUGUAUUGACUUUCAAUAUUGAACGCCAAAUAUAAAACAGUCUGUAAUGGAGUUAUUAAAUCCAAAGGAUCUGUUGCUUUCCUGAGUGAUAUAAAACCGUUAAACCGCAUCAGGAUUACAUGUCGAAUGCUGUAACAUUUUUCCAACCGCUGCAGAAAUAUUAGUGUACAAAUGAUCGGUUUAUGAUUUGGAUUCUUUCCUCAACGCGCUGCAGGGAAACGCUUUAUCUAAACGCCUGCAUUUGAGUUGGAACUGACGUUCUUUCGAUGGAAUUGCUGAAAAGCUCCGAAUUGUAAAUCGUCGCGGAGAAUCAUGACGCCGGACACCAUCAUGGCGUGCUGCCUCAGCGAGGAGGCGAAAGAAGCGCGACGGAUCAACGAUGAGAUCGAGCGGCAGCUGCGCCGCGACAAGAAAGACGCUCGACGCGAGCUCAAACUGCUUCUGCUGGGAACUGGAGAGAGUGGGAAAAGCACCUUUGUUAAACAGAUAAGAAUCAUUCAUGGCUCAGGCUACUCGGAAGAGGACCGGAGAAGCUUUACCAAGCUGGUCUACCAAAACAUCUUCACAUCUUUGCAGGCCAUGAUACGGGCAUGCCGUGAUUACACCGACAGUAACAAGGGAAAACUCGUUGAUCUGCUCAUUUUAACCGUUACUUCUGUAGCAAAAUAA